AGGCCCGUCCCGGAUGCCUGGGUUCUCUCCCAGCUCUGGGAGGGGAGGUGAAGUGUGAAUUGUGGAUUCUGUCAACACCAUGAGUUCCUCAGGCAGUGAGGUCUCCAAGCCCAGCGCCAGGGAGAUCUAUGAGCAGAGGAAGAAAUAUUCCAACUUCAUCAUGGCCGACGUCUCCCAAUACACCGUCAACCACCUGGUGACGUUCCCGGUGGGGGAGGCGGCUGAGCUGCACUCGGUGGAGGACGCCGUGCGCAAAGUGGCCGCCAUGGAUGCCCAGGGCCAGCUCUGGGCCCAGGAGAUGCUGCUGCAAGUCACUGGGUCGGCCAUCAGGCUGCUCGACGUCCACUCCAAGGAGGAGCUGGAAAGCUACGGGCUGGCGGGGGUGCUGCGCUGCGAGGCCGUGCUGCCCAGUGCCCGCGCCCACUCCCUGCUGCUCCUCGUGUGCCAGGAGCCCCAACAGACCCAGCCUGAUGCCCACUUCUUCCAGUGCACCCACAUUGGGGCGGAGCCGAUCCGAGAGGACAUUAACAGUGCCCUGCUGGGCUUCACAUCGGGGAGCAACACUCAGAGGAAAGAAGCGCUCAGAGCAAACAGUGAGAAGAUGCAGAAUGGGGCACCGCCGAUCCCGGCGGGGACAGGCUCCCGGCCCCCACCCCCCCACAGGAAGGUGGUGAUCACCCCCUCAGCCACUCUGAAUGAAAUGAAGAUGCAGAGUCAGAGAGACGCAGCUGACCCCUCGGACCGAGGCGCGCUGCAAACUGAGCGUGAUGUGGAGCUGCUGAACCGGAUCUUCGACGACAUUGAAGCUUUCGUGGGCAAACUGCAGAAAUCGGCUGAGGCCUUUCGGGUCCUGAAGCAGCUGAAACGGCCGAACCGGGGGCGCCGCCGGGAGCCGGGGGGUGAGAGACCCUGAAGCCCCCCGUCUGGCCCCCGAGACCUCCCAUCUCCU